GGGAAAGCUUCCUCGUUGCUCUAUAUCGCGCCAGCAAUCUUUCAUCACUCCUGCGUUCUCAACUUCAUCUGGCGACGGCGGCGGAUGGGGCCGGGGAGGCGGUGGAUUUGGCUCCGGUAGCUCUUCCGUUUUUGGAUUUACGCCAAACCAAAACGAGUCCGGUGAUGCGAAGGACGAUGAGUCAGCCUCCGCAGGGCAGCAUAGUGGAAUUGGGCACGGCCGUGGAAGCAUGAUAGUAAUGGCCCUGCUGGACGCGGCCGAGGCAUCCCAGGCCCCACUUCUGCUCCACAACCUCAAUCUCUGCAGCAGAUGCCGCCUCAACUGCCACAUUCCAACAGGCCUUUCUUCUUUGUUAAAGAAGAAGAAGACUCUCCCGAUUUCCGAGCCAAAACGCCUGUUGAGUCCAGUGAUGUGGCCAGUCUCCUUCCUUCUAACAUCAUCUCUGUUUUAUCUGGUGCGGGCCGUGGAAAGACCACUCAAACUUCUCGUGUUCCUGAAAAACCCAAAGAAGAAAACAGGCAUCUAAGGGAGAGGCAAAAUCCUCAAACUGGUUGGCAGAGACCAGCCUCCAGUGGCCCUCAAAACAGCAGACCUCCUGGCCAAAGAUUCAACAGGGAUGACACGAGUAGUGGGACUGAUCAUGGUGGACAAGCAAGAGGUGGCAAUGGUGAAUGGAGGGGAAGAGGAGGAGCCCUUCAAUGGAGGGGACGUAGCGGGUUUAGUGAACGGGGGAGAGGGGGAAGAGGCAGAGGAGGGAGAGGAAGGGGAGAGGGUAAAGUACAAGAAGAUGUUGGUGAGAAAUAUGGUGAUAUCUUCAACAUUGGUGAUGCUGCUGCUGCUGAAAAGCUGGCCCAAGAGGUUGGUCCUCAUAUUAUGAGUCAAUUAGCUGAAGGUAUUGAAGAAAUUGCUCCCAGAAUUUUUCCAUCUCGUAUUGAGGAUGCUUAUCUGGAUGCUCUUGAUACCAAUCUAAAGAUUGAAUGUGAAGAAGAGUACAUGAUGGGAAAUUUUGAAAGGAAUCCUGAUAUUGACGAGAAACCUCCUAUUCCAUUGCGAGAUGCCCUUGAGAAGAUAAAGCCAUUCCUUAUGGUGUACGAAGGAAUUGAAAGCCAAGAAAAGUGGGAGGAAGUCAUGAAAGAAACAAUGGAGGUCAGGCUCCCGCUUAUAAAAGAGAUAGUUGACCACUACAGUGGCCCUGACAGAGUAACAGCAAAGCGGCAGCACGAGGAACUGAAAAGAGUUGCAUCUACUCUUCCACAAUGCGCACCCAAUUCAGUGAAGAUGUUCACAGACCGUGCUGUUCAGUCACUUCAGAGCAAUCCAGGUUGGGGAUUCCACAAAAAAUGCCAGCUCAUGGAUAAGCUGGUGUACCGGGUUUCUCAACAAUAUAAGUGAGAACCAUAGUGCGUGUUCACUCAGCAAUAAUAAUUCGCGUUUAAAAAGAUGAGAAGGCAAACAUCUGUUUUUGGGUAUUGCCUCAUCAAGUGGAGAAGGGCCCGAGGACAUGGUGUUUCACUCGUUGUUUAUUUAGUCAAAAUCCAAAAUGUUUGAUAACAAGCCGCCACCGCUUUCUUGUUUGGUUAUUUUUUCUAUUCCUUGUGCAUGAUGAUCAUGCCAUUGAUGCGGCAUACACAGAUGGAAGAGAUAACAUUAAACAAUGCUCACAGAAUUUAAACAUGUUUUGCUCGUUUGUGCUCUCACAUUUUUAGCAAGUUUAUAAUCAGGUAAAUCAGCAUUAGUUCGCUUUUUAUUAAUGUCAAAGGAUUGUAUUAUAGAAAUAAGUACAUAUUUACGAUUAAAGUUAUUGUUGCUUUAAAAAUGUAAUCUCUCAAGUGGAGUGAUUAUUGUAAUAACUUUAGUCAUAACACGUAUAGCGAAUUUUUAUACAUGACACUAUAUUUCACAUGUGAAUUAG